AUGUCGUUUAAUCGAUUCUCUCACUUCGCGCGGUUUGCGCCGGAACAUACCACUUUCUCCGAGCUCCAAGAGUGCGCGCUAGACAAGGUGAACUCUGCCUAUAAGGCCCUCCCACAUCAUCUUCUUCUUCGUUUCGAACCGAUAGACCAAGAGACCCUAGCGUCUUUCCCGCAGAAGGCCGACAUCGCUACAUCACGUCUUGUGCUAGGACUUAGCAGACAUGAAUACAAGAGCGCUUACAAGCCGGUCUAUGCGUACAUCUCUAAGAAGAAUCAGGCGCAUCAGGUGCUCCUCCGAUUCGGAACAAAGCAUUUGAAGCCAAAGGAUUUCGAAGGUGUCGAGUGGGAGCCGCCUUUCGAUACCACAUACGACGCUUAUGGCCAGAGCGAACGCGCUGGUGACAAAAUCAGUACUUUGGCGGCGUAUUACUUCCUUGCUGCUGGCCAUAUCUCUAAGAUCAGCACCCGCACGGGCGGUUUUUUGCAGAACUUCAUUAAGUUAUGCGACAAGAUACACGUACCGAGUCCAACUCAGGUGGGCUUUCCGGGGACUGCCGCACAGAUUGAUGCGCCUAGAACCUUGCCGCAUGAGCGUCAUGUUCUUCCUUGUGACAUGACUGAUGGCGAGAACUGCGCUACAGAUCUGUUAAUUCCAGAACAUCUGUUAAUUCCAGAACUUCAGCAAGAGUCCGAUCUCAAGAGCCAGCCGACCGAAGAGGGCAUUCAGGACAGGCAAGAGACAUCGGACCUGAAGUUUGGCACGGUUAACUAUCAGAUCGACAACAAGGGCGGACCAUCAACGAUGUGUCCUAUCGGCGACCAUACUUCCCGUAUGAGUUCACCCACGAUAUGGGACGGCUCUGAUGGCUUGGCCGUGAGACAGGCACCUUCGACCCACAGUGCUCCAUCACCCGAAGAUGCGCGUGCGGACAGAGAGAAGCCAGCGCCUGAGUUGCAGAAACCCGUAGAAGCCAGCCUACCGAUUUCGUCCGAUAGCAAGGUUCCAAAUAUCGAUGACCUUGCGGCCUUCGUCCACCAGUUCAAAGAGCUCAAAGCCGAAAAUAUUCUACUUCAACAACACAAAGCCGAAGCCAGGGACCUACAAGCCCAUGUCGAUCGAUCGAAGCAGGACGCCAAACAGGCAUACACCCAGGCUCACGACCUCCAGGAGAAAUGCCUCGACAAUGAGGAGGAGGUGAAGAAGCUUCGUAAACAGCUCGCCGAAAGCUUGGCCCAAUCUGCCGCUAAGUCUAAGAAACUUACCUACGAGCUUGGUCAAGAGCAGUGGAAGGCGCAGUUGGCACAGCGUGCGCGCGAUACGACACAGACACAGCUCAAAGCAGUUCAGGUUGAGAAAGACGAUCUGGAGCAACGCCUUGCUAAAGCUGAACAAGAUGUCGCAUCGAGCGAGAAGCUCGCCGCAAUGGAGUCGAAGCUCGAGGCUUUGGAGGGCGAAAAGCAAGGAAUGAAGAUCAGGAUUGCAUACCUGGACGGUGAGGUUAGGAAGGAGAGGAACAAGUUUAACGACUACAAGAAGAAGAUUCGCAACUUGUCCAUGGAUCCUUGA